AUGACUAGUGCUACAAUGGUCCAUGAAGCUCCUAGCCUCCGCCGUGAAUGGAGGAUGAACGGAGGAUAUGACGUUGUGAUGCACAUGAUCAUUAUAAUCCUCAACAUUGCAGCGAUCUUAUAUAUGAGAAAGCACAAGAUUCCCCUAGAUGAUCAGCUUUGGGGGCCUUUGAUUGAUUUCACUGCUUGCUAUUUCGCUGGUUGGCUAAUUAGUUGUGCGUUUUGGUGUACAGCAGCAAUCGAGGAUGUCUCAUUACCUGAAGCAUUAUGUAUAGCUUACAUCAUGGGACGCGUCUGUCACACGUUGGGCUUCUGUAUUUUCCUUGGCCUCCUCUAUUCUAUUUCUCAUCGCUUGCCUCUAUACUUUGGUCUACCUUGUUCGCUAUGGCUUUUACCCGCCAUGAUUGCACCUUGUUGUCCCUGUCUAUGGAGAGGAGAGCAAGCUUGGUGGAAGUUUGUGAAUCAACCACCGGAAUCCGCUGAUACUAUUGUUUAA